GGGGGCCCAGCCUGGCAGCGCUCUGAUGGCCCUCAGCAGCUUCUGUCCAGGAGGCAGUGGUUAUCAGAGAAUGAGGGACAAACCAACAGCUAUCAAACCUUGGACUCUGGAACCUGAGGAAUGCGGAGAGUCCAAGUUUGACCUGGAACCGAAUUCAACCAACUGGAACUGUCCGGGUUCUGGUCCUGAUCUGCUGGACCUGCUGCCAGAUUCUGGAUCCGGAGGAACCUUGAGAAGCUCCGAGAUGGUUCUGGUUCUGGUUCUGGUUCUGGUCGUGUCCCUGAAGGUCUCAGCUGUAGAGAAGUCAGAGGGGGAGUCCGUUCUGCUGCUAUGUGAGUUUCCUACAGAUGAACUGGACCAACCCACAGUGUUCUGGAGCCGCUCCGACCUCAGUCCUUCUGUGGUCCACCGGCGUUCAGCGAUCGAAGAUCAAUUGGAAGUGGAUCAACUGCAGGAUCAGAACCAGCUCUUCAGAGGCAGAACCUCCAUGCAACCGGAUGCUUUAAAAACUGGAGAUCUGAGCCUGAAUCUGACCAACCUGCAGGUUUCUGACUCUGGAACCUACACCUGCUCCAUCAGAACCUCCAGAGAAGAAUGGACUGUGACAGAAGGAGAACUGCUGGUUAAUGAACCUCCUGUCUGGCCAUGGGUUCUGCUUGGGUUUCUGAUCCCUGUAGUUCUGCUGGUUGGUCCAGCUGCUGUUUGGUACUACAGAUGGAAAAAGAAGCACACAGAAGUGCUUCAGUCUGAGAUAGUGGAGAUCAGAGAGGGGGUGAAGUCCGUCCUGCUGCCCCUAAAAGCCAACAGAACCUUUCCCCGGGAUGCCAGAGUGGAGUGGACCCGUUAUGACCAGAACAUCAGAGUCCAUGUGUUUAAGAACGGCCAGACCCAGCCUGAGGAACAGGAGAAGAUCUAUGAAGGCAGAACAAAGAUGAGAGCAGAACGUGUGACUACAGGAGACCUCAGUCUGACUCUGAAGAGACCCCAGCUGGAGGACAAUGGGGACUAUGAAUGUGUCGUCUACAGAGGAGGAGACCUGCUGCUGAAGAAAACAGUGACCCUGAAGGUCAAAGAGAGCCUGAUGGAGGAGGUGGAGGUCACAGAAGGAGAAGAUGUUGUCCAUCUGCCUUUUAAAACAUUAGCUAACCUGCCUCAAGAUGCUAAAGUGGUUUGGAGCCACACGGAUAAACCUGACAAAGUACACCAGUACCAGAAUGGUCAGAACCAGUUAGAGAGACAGAACCGUGAGUACCAGGACCGGACAGCCAUGAAUCCUGAUGCUCUGCAGACUGGAGACCUGACCCUCACUCUGAAGGAUCCCAGACUGGGAGACAGCGGCAUCUAUAUCUGUAUCGUCUAUGACAAUGAUGGAAAAAUACUGAGACGGAAAGUAGUGACGCUCACUGUGAGAGUCUACAAGGUGGAAAAGGUUUCUGUUGACGAAGGAAAGAGGUCUGUCGUUCUUCCCUUUCAUGCAACACCCUCCCUCCUCUCUGAGAGCAUCACUGUGGAGUGGAGACUCUCAGAUGUAGAAGACACGAUGCUCUACAAAUAUCAGAGAGGCCAUCACAUACCAGCAGAGGACCAGGUUUAUGGAGGCCACACAGAGAUGAAUAAAGAUCCAUUAACCACUGGAGACCUCAGUCUGACCAUCAGGGACCUCCGUCUGACUGACGGUGUUUAUACCUGCACCAUCUAUGAUGAGAAUGAAGAGAGGCUGCAGCAGAAGGUGGUGGUCCUCAUAGUCAGAGAUUUACAAAUGGAGAUUGUGGAGGUACCAAAGAGAGAAGCAUAUGUGACACUUCCCUUUAAAAUCCAACCUCCUGAAGAAGAAGACCUAAAGAUCAGGUGGAUACAUGCUGGCUCCAAACAAUCUGAGGUCAUCACCUUUGAGAAUGGAGAACUUCAAGUUUCCCAAUAUAGCAAGCUUUAUCGCCGUCACAUUAAGAUGGAUAAAGACCUGCUGAGUUCUGGAGACCUCAGUCUGAUCCUGAAGCAUCCUGGUUAUAAGGACAAUGGCCUCUACAAAUGUACCGUCUACAGUGGCCAGAAGAUCCAGCAGGAGAAAAUGGUGACGCUCAGCGUUAAAGAUCCUCUGGACAGCAGCUUCUUGGAACGACUUCAGUCCCACAGGAGGAGCAGGAGACCAGCCGCUUCAUCUCUGGAGUAA